AUGUCGCAGCCACAGCCAGGAUUCAAUGGACGGCAUCCUCUUGCGGUUGUCUUUCUUCUGCACAUCGCGCUCGAAGCCCCGCUUGCGGUGCAGGGCCUGUGGAAUCCCGCGUCCCUGCCGUUCCUUCAGAUGACGAAUACCACGCUCGUGGUGAUCAAGCUGUACUCUGCACUUGCGGCGGGCCUCUGCAUCGCGUCUCUGCUCGUGUUCGCUCUACCUGAGUUCCUCCCAGGGAAACGCGCGCUGGGCAUGGGGCUCUGCUUCUACCACGUCUCAUGCUCCACCAUCCUCUUCAACGCGCCACGCUUUAUCCCAUACUCCUUCGGGGCCUUUGCGGAGUCGUAUCGCGCCACUCCCGAAGUCGUCUGGGGCACGCUGCACGGCAUCGUCGGCCUCACGAUGGCGUUCUGGUGGCAGGCGACCGUGGCCAUGACCAGUGCGCUUGCGCGGCAAAAGACGCAAUGA